CGACGAUGCUCCGCUACCUCUCUUUCGGCCUCCUCUUCGUGCAGCUGCUUCAGCUGUCGACAUUCAGUCAUGCAUUGCCAACCGAUCAACAGCCACUGAAGGAGGAGAUUGAUGGGAGCCUUUCGAGUGUGCGAGAUGCCCUCAAGGAAGCCGAGAUCAUCCCCACGGUCAUUGACGACUUCUCGCCUAUCCUCACCCUUGACGUCUCCUGGCCCAAGAAGGACGCCGAGUUGGGCAAUACCCUCAAGGUCAAGCACGUGCAAGACGAACCGACGAUCACCCUAAAGAGUGGAAAUGGCUCUACCCUCCUGGAUGUGCUGAACUUGGGAGGUAAGAAGAAUACGACGUAUGUCGUUGCCCUUACGGAUCCAGAUGCGCCGUCGAGGGACAAUCCAGAGUGGAGCGAGAUUUGCCAUUGGAUCGUUGCUGUGACUGCCAACAAGACCGAAACCAUCAUGCCGUACAAAGCGCCCGGACCUCCACCCAAGACCGGGAAACACCGUUACGUCUUCCUCGUCUUCGCACCGAAGAACGGAACUACGGAACCACUGAACCUCACCAAGCCGAGUGACCGCAAGCAUUGGGGAAGCGGUAUACAGGGAUUCGGCGCUGCCUGGUGGUCAGAGCUGAAUGGACUUAUCACUAUCGGCGCCAACUUCAUUUACGCGCAGAAUAAGAAGCAGUAGUUAUGCUUCACGGGACCGUGGGCACAGGACUAUGGCAUAAUUCUUAUACAAUAGGGUGUCAUGUUUGAAGUCUCUUGAUGUGCUUCUGAGAAGAUGAAAGAAGUGUAAAGGAUUUUCUUGAACAGUGUGUACACUCGCCACCCGCCUGAACUCAGAAGGAGCUCUCUGGUUGCGUAAGACUCUUUCACGCAGCGGAGAUGAAGUAUUUGUAAACUUUUGUCGAAACAGUGUAUAUGUAUUGGAAUAUUUCAUUCCCAAGGUCUCUUCCCCUCGAGUUUUCUUCUGCGUGUCGCUCGAUGAACUGGGGAGCUUUCUUCUGGGGUGGGUCUCGUCAUGGCCGAUUAGUUUCGUAAACUAAAUUCUGAAUCUCAUCGUCUCCUCGCAACCUGCCU